UGAUUAUAAAAUACAUAAACGAAUUCAGAUUCAUUCAGAAAAUUCAUCAUAUCAUAUCAUCUUCUUCAUUGUAGAGAGAAAAAAGAUGGGUGAGAGAAACAGUAGCAGCAGGUGGUGUUUGCAGGGAAUGACAGCAUUGGUCACCGGUGGAUCCAAAGGAAUCGGAUAUUCUAUCGUGGAGCAGUUGGCGGAGCUUGGGGCUACUGUACACACCUGCUCUCGGAACCAAGCUGAACUCAGUGAAUCCUUGAACCAAUGGACCACAAAAGGAUACACAGUAACCGGUUCUGUCUGUGACGUCACCUCUCGUGCAGACAGAGAAGAACUCAUAGCUAGAGUCUCCUCUCACUUCAAUGGAAAACUCAACAUCCUUGUAAACAAUGUGGGAGCAAACCUAGAGAAACGAACCCUGGAUUUAACAGCGGAAGAUUUCUCAUUUCUGGUGAAUACGAAUCUUGAAUCUUGUUUCCACUUAAGCCAACUUGCAUAUCCUCUCCUAAAAGCUUCAGAAGCUGCAAGUAUCAUUUUCAUAUCAUCCAUUGCUGGUGUUGUAGCUAUAAACUCAGGAUCCAUUAUAUAUGGUGCAACAAAAGGUGCAAUAAACCAAGUGACAAAAAAUUUGGCAUGUGAAUGGGCGAGAGACAACAUAAGGACUAAUUGUGUUGCACCAGGGCCAAUUAGAACCCCUCUUCUGGAAAAGCACUGUACGGAGGACACACUUAUGAAUGCUGUAAUUUCUAAAACCCCUCUGGGACGGAUUGGAGAGGCAGAGGAGGUGGCUUCGUUGGUGGCAUUCCUGUGCUUACCUGCAGCAUCUUACAUUACAGGACAGACCAUUUGUGUUGAUGGUGGAUUCACUGUGAACGGCCUCAAUUUAUUCUAGCUUUGUUUUGACACUUUUGGUCUUAAUUCAGUUACACUCUGAUUGUCUUGGUUUUCUUUGUCUUGUUAAGAAUAAGUUCAUAGGUUGUACUUUCCUAGGUUCGGUUUAUGGGUUUGUAUAUGAAUUUACAAUUAGCAGAGUCUCACAGUGAGAAUGUAGUAUGUUAAAGGUAUUUUGGAAUGUGUGAGAUUUAUUGUGAGAUACGGGUUAUCAUGUUAAAAAUAUUAUUUUC